UGAUGGGCUGGACAGCUGCAGCUGGGCAGUGCGCUCACGAAGGAACAUGGCAGGAACUCCUCUUCGGUGAAGGUACAGCUGGUGGCUGGCUUUGCGCUACCCUGCUUUAUGCCUGGCAAUUUCCACAUUUCAACUCGCUGUCAUGGUCCAUCCGUGAUGAAUAUAAAAACGCAGGGUAUCGCAUGCUGGCUUGGGUCAAUCCGGCUCGAAACGGCCGCGUUGCUCUGCGCUACUCAAUCCUCAUGUUCCCAGUCUGCAUCGGCCUUUCUUACUGUGGCGUUACAGACUGGAGUUUCAUAGCUACGAGUAGCGCGAUCAACGGAUGGAUGACAUGGAAAGCAGUAGAAUUUUGGCGCGAACAAGGUCACAAAGGGACCGCGAGAGGAUUGUUCUGGGCUAGUGUAUGGCAUUUGCCAAUCGUCCUGGUUUUGGCAAUGGCGCAAAAGAAGGGACUAGGUGAGCGUGUGUGGAGGAGCAUAUUUGGGUACCCAGAAGUGGACGACGAGGAUGAGCUCUAUUAUGAGGUUGGGGAGUGGGAAGAGGAGGGGUCCAGUAAGCCAAUUGUGGAGAGGAGAAGCUGAGUCGGAUCACAAUCUGAGCUUGCUGUAAGCGUACAUUUCUUCUAUCUUUCACAUGUUCGACUACCGCAUUGUGGCAUCUGACUGGCAUGGCACAGUCAGUCAAGAUGCUCACUCGAUGUCCUACACCAUAGGUCGACUCCUUGUUAGCGACCACCCUAUC